UUUUUAAUCUGUAAUUUAGUUCCGUGUUGACCAUGGUGGGGUGAAGUUACGCAGUUUUUCUAAGCAAAUAUAUUACGUAUAAAUUAACGUAAUAAUUAUGUUACGAAUUUAGAAAAUCACACAUCAACUGCAGGAUUUUGCGUAAUCCAUGUUGUAUCAAGGAUUAAGCACAGGUCUACAGGAAGAAAUACCAACAGGAAUAAGUAGCCUAAAUCGCUCACCCACAAAAAUGGUCACAAAAUUAUUUUUUACGCUGGCAACUUUAUUAACAUAUACAAACUCCGAGUACAUACCUCCUGGGCCUUUAUACCCAUGUCCCAAAGACUCCACGACCACUCUGUUGUACCCCUGUGUAUGUGAAAAAGGGUCGGACAGCGGUCUAUAUAUAAGAUGUGAAAAUACAGGCCUCGCAAUACUUAGUGUUGGGCUUGGCAACAUUGCUGGUUUGGGGUUGCCAAUCGAGAAAUUAGUGCUGAAUGAGUGUAAAUUUACAAACCUCUUCGGCCCUCUGUUCCACAGAUCAACAAUAAGAGUUAUAGAGAUUAUAGACACUCCCAUUAGGACCAUAGACCAGUAUGCGUUCGCCGGAGUGAAUAGAACUCUGCAGGAGCUUUAUAUGACUAAUACUAACAUUGAGGAGUUUCCUAAAGAUGCUUUUAUGAUUCUAGGCAACCUAUCAGUGCUUUCAAUAGACGGGCACAAAAUGACAAAGUUGGGUAAAGAUAUAUUCGUGGGUAGCGAGGCAGCGGGCAAGUUGGAGAGAUUGCACCUAACAAACGGAUUAAUUGCCGAUAUGCCACCAGAAACAUUCCAGGUUUUAAAAAAGCUAAAAAAACUAGAUCUACACGGCAACAAGCUGGCUACACUCAAACGGAAUCAAUUCAAAGGUUUAAGGGAUACUGAAGUUUUGGAUCUAAGUUACAACAGUAUCACGAAGCUCGACGGCAGUCAUAUAGGAGACCUGACCAAGCUAGGAUGGUGUAACGCGAGUCAUAAUCAAAUUGGAGAGAUACCUAGGGGAAUGUUUGCAAGGAACACUGUAAUCAAAGUGGUACAUUUGGACAACAAUAAGAUUAAGAAACUGGAUACAAAUAGUUUUAGAGGAAUGAGAUUUUUGAGGCGUCUCUACCUUCAAGACAAUCAGAUUUCAGACGUCGGUCGCGGCACGUUUUCAGCGGUCACUAGAAUCGGUACCAUUGAUCUAGCAAGAAAUAAAAUUAAGAAAAUUGAUUUCCAAAUGUUUCAGCAAGUUAAAUAUGCUGAGAUGAUAAACAUGGCUGAAAAUAACAUAACUAUUAUAGAAAAUCAGGCGUUUACAGAUUUAUAUCAAGCUACAGUUAAUAUUUCGCACAAUGCCUUAUCUACUAUAGAGACGGGGGCUUUCCAGAACUGUAACAACAUGACUUUGUUGGACUUUAGCCAUAAUAAUUUGGCGAAAUUAAACCCCAGGGCUUUCGACGAAAAUAGUUAUGCGUAUCAUUUACAAGUUUCGCAUAACGAAUUCACGGAUUUUUCUCAGAUACCAAUCUAUAAUAUGACAGGCAUACAAGUGUUGAAUGCAUCCUACAACAGAAUCGAAUCUAUACCAAAGAUGGCAUUUCCGAAAUUAUACGAACUGCAUACAGUCGACUUGUCACACAAUAAUUUGAGUGAAAUUUUUAAUGCAGUUUUUCAAAAUCUAUUUUCUAUUAGAUUCUUGAACCUAAGCUACAACUCAAUGGAGGCGAUCAAACCCGCAACGUUCGGUACAAUACCGACCAUAUUGGAACUGGACCUAUCCCACAACAAACUAAAAGAUAUAUCGCGCGGCAGUUUGGCCAAAUUAGUCAGCUGCCGACUGAUUGAUCUCAGUCACAACCAAUUACAGAAACUCUUCCAAAUACCUAUCAGUUUGGGCGAAUUAAACGUAGCCUACAACAACUUAACAGAAAUAAAAUCAAGCACAUGGCCAACAAUGAACGCGCUACUGCGGCUCAACUUCUCGGCCAACAUGUUGGGCGAUUCGUUGUCGUCCGAUACAUUCUCCAGUUUGUUGACGUUACAGUCGCUCGAUUUGUCGGCCAACGGGUUGACUAAACCUCCGUGGGAGGCAUUGAGCACGUUGACCAGUUUGCAGUAUUUGUACAUGCAGGAAAACAACCUGACAGAGCUGAGUAGAUCAGCGUUCGGUAAUCUACCGACGAUGUUCAAGCUAGAUUUGUCGCGCAACCAGUUGACAACAGUUGCGCAACGAUCGUUCAACGGCAUGCAACAGUUGCUCGACUUGUCGCUCAGUGGCAACAUGUUGCGACAUAUACCGAAUGAGGCUUUCAAAGGAUUGGUUGCUUUGAGGAAACUGGAUCUAUCACAUAAUUAUUUGGAAAAAAUUGACAAUAAGACGAACGGGCUACUGGACGACUGUCUGUCUUUAGAAAAGGAAUAA